AUGUCGUCCUCAAUGCUCGACGUGAGGAAUGACCGUCGGUCCAGGUCGAAAUCCCCCGGUGGCCGCGACAGAGAUCGAUCGAGAUCGCGCUCACGCGACGUCCGAGACCGGGACGAGUUCGAUGAGUACAGCAGCAGCAAACGAUCGAGCAGGAAGUACACCGACCCACAGGACGAGCCGGAGCAAGACCGUGGGUACAAGGACAGACGGUCUAGCAGGAAAUAUUACGAAGAGGAGGAAGAAGAGACAGACCGCCGCAAUAGCAGUAAAAGAAGUUCGAAAAAAUACGCGGACGAGAGCGACGAGGAAGACAAAUAUCGCUCGUACAGGUCAAGCAAAGACCCUCGAGUACAGGAUAUAGCAGCCUCGGACGACGACAGGAGAUAUGAACGAAAGAAAAAGUCUGACAGUGACUCGGAUCGACGCAGAGACAAGCGAGAGAAGUCCGGUAGUGGUAGGAGGAAAGACGACGACUCACCAGAGGAGAGCGACUCAGACGCACGUCGUCGAUACAGAGACAAAGAUCCGAAUUACCAAAACGGACAUGGGGCAUAUGGUUAUCCGCCGGGGUCCUACGGUGAGAUCCGGCCCGAAGCAGCUCGCCAUAUGAGCUAUACUCCCAAUGAUCCUCGCUACGCGCCACCAGGAGCAUAUAAUGGUGCCGGCUCUAUGCCUACUGGACAGCGGGCAAGUCCCUACGGUGGUCCUGGCGGUCCCCAGUACGCCAAUCCCGAGCAGUUCAAAUAUGCAGACCCAAGCGAAGUUGCCUCACGAAGACCGGAAUACGAACGAUCUCGGCCAUCAGACUACGAAAGGACACGCACCAGAGAUACCAGGGACAGUGACAACGACUACAGGAGCAGCAAGUAUGAGACACGCACCCCAACGGAUAAGAAACACGAGGACAGAUAUGAGACCCGAGAACCCCAAAACAAGGAUUACCAUGAUGACUAUGACAGGUACGGGAAGAGCGAUCGGAAACGUGAUAAGGACAAAUAUGGUUCCUCCUCAGAAGAAGUGACCAAGAGAAUGUCAACUCUGGCGGUCGGAGGAGCGGCGCUGGGUGCUGCAACGCUGGGUGUGGCGCAGUACAGCUCUCAUGGCGGUAACAAACCUCCUCCUUCACCAUUGCUCGAAGCUUACAAAGGGACGUAUCAAUCUAUUUCACCUAUGCCCUCAGCAUUGGUUCUCGCAAACCACAAAGGCGACUCAGAUUUGUCUGACCUCGAGCUUGAUCGAUCUGAUGACGACGGGGAGCAGGACGCAAAGCUGAAGCGAAAGAUCCGCGAGCUCGAGAAGGAAAAGGAAAAGUACACGAAAGGACAUGACAGAGGUGCCAGUCUCUCUGAACCGACCCGUGAAGUCCGCCCACGUCGGCUAUCAAAGCUCGACACCAACUUGGACGUUGAGGUCCGUGAACCUGGCAGUGCCAACCGCGACCGCUCACCAUCGAGGGGCAUCCUGUCGCCUGGAGGAGGCAGCGGGAGAAGGAAGACCGUCUCGUUCUACGACCCCACUGAAGAUGCCAAACGUAUCGCCGCUGCUCUGGCAGGCACACGUUCUCCACCAGAUCCACGACCGCUCGUACAAAUCUUGCCACGGCUUUCCACGGACGACCUUCUGGCACUUCGAGCGGAGUACAAGAAUCACGCCAAGGUGAGCGGCCAAGGUAUCAACAUGGCCAAGCACAUCAAAAUGCGUAUUCCGGGUAAUCUGGGGAAAGCAUGUUAUGCGACCGCCCUCGGUCGAUGGGAAAGCGAGGCAUAUUGGGCAAACUCAUGGUACCAAGGCGGUGCUUCUCGGCGAGAAUUGUUGAUUGAGAGUCUGAUGGGCCGCUCCAAUAGCGACAUCCGUGAGAUCAAGAACUGCUUCAAGGACAAGAAAUACAGCGACGACCUCGAGAAAUGUAUCCGCACAGAGCUCAAAGCCGACAAGUUCCGAGUUGCUAUCUUGCUGGCACUCGAGGAGAGACGAAUGCCGGAAUCAUCGCCUCUGGACCUCAGGCUCAUCAAGGAAGAUGUGGUGUCUUUGGCGGAAGCCUUGGAGUCAAAGGGUGGAGAGACGGAUAUGAUCAAGAUCAUCGUCCUGCGGAGCGAUGCUCACCUACGCGAAGUCCUCCGCUUGUUCGAACGGACGUACGGCGUCAACUUUGCGAGACAGAUGAUCUCCAAGUCGAGGAAUUUGGUUGGCGAGACACUGGCGCAUAUCCUGAACGGUGCAUUGAAUCGCCCCAUGCGUGACGCGCUGCUGUUACACCAAGCCAUCAGUGAGACGGCGCCGGGCAAAGAACGGACGGAGUUGUUGAUCUCCAGACUUGUCAGAAUGCACUGGGAGCCCAAGCACUUGGAAAGGGUGAAGGCCGUGUAUAAAGAGCGGUAUGGGCGCAGUGUGGAAGAGGAGGUCAAGAGGGAGGUCUGGGGACAGAUGAAGACAGUGGAGGGACGUUUCUGUGCCGACUUCUGUAUUGAAUUGGUUAGAAGCAGUUCACUAUAG